CCCACACAUAGGAUAAACACAGAGGGACUCUCGCAGCCAGAGGACUGCGCACUGAUGGUGAUAUAGUCCUAUUGUUUCAGACGUAACGACGUACAGCCGGCCUCAUAUAGCGUUUUAGGGUUAGUAAGCCAAGAUGGUGAAGGAUCCAAAGAAGCCGAGGGGCAAAAUGUCCUCAUACGCAUAUUUUGUGCAAACAUGCCGAGAGGAGCACAAGAAGAAGCAUCCCGGUGCCAGUGUCAACUUUGCAGAGUUCUCCAAGAAAUGCUCUGAGCGGUGGAAGACUAUGUCACCGAAAGAGAAAGGCAAGUUUGAAGACAUGGCCAAACUAGACAAGGUGCGUUAUGAGAGGGAAAUGAAGAAUUACACUCCUCCCAUGGGGCAGAAGAAGAAGCGAUUUAAGGACCCCAAUGCCCCCAAGAGACCACCGUCUGCAUUCUUCCUAUUUUGUGCAGACUUUCGCUCAAAGGUGAAAGGUGAGUAUCCAGGGCUCACCAUUGGGGACACUGCAAAGAAGUUGGGAGAGAUGUGGAACAGCUCAUCUGCAGAAAACAAGCAGCCAUAUGAGAAGAAGGCCGCCAAGCUGAAGGAGAAAUACGACAAGGAUAUCGUCGCUUACCGCACGAAAGGCAAGGUGGAUUCAGCAUCAGCUGCUACAGCAGAUGAUGAUGACGAUGAUGAGGAGGAAGAUGAGGGAGAGGACGAGGAGGACGACGACGAUGAUGACGAUGACGAGUAGUUUGCACAGGGUUGGGACCUGAAGUUUUGUUUAUGCCAUAUAACUCUUAUAUAAUCAAUUCACCAUCUUGAAACAGAAGUCAAAUUGAACAAGAACAUGUGUAUAUUUAAUGUUUUUAAGAUGUACAGUGUUAUUCUCCUUUUUUUUGUAAAGUUAACACUACAUAUCUGAGUUUGAGAUUUUCUAGUGGUAGUUCUUUAUCCCUGCCAUAUUAUGUAACAAUUUAGGAAGACUAAGUAUCCCAAGAGUAACUAGUCUUUAGGUGUUUAAAACUCAAAAAUGAGAUUUCUGAGUUGGUAGUGUAUUUUUCUUUGUUUUUGAGAAAUAUUUUUUUAUGUGCUGUCCCAAUGUCUUUUUAUCGUUCUUUGAAUACCACUCUAAUAUCAAAUGCAGCUGUCGACAUUCAAGAAUGUCUUCAAUAAAGGUCGUUUUUUUAAGAGGU